AUGAGCAGCAUCCCGCUGGCGGCGGCGGCCGACCCCAACAAAAAGCCCAUCCUGGCCGUGCUGCGGCGCUACCUGGGCGCCCAAGCGCGCCUGCGGGUGCUGGAGGUGGCCUCGGGGACCGGGCAGCACGCCGCGCAUUUCGCCCAGGCGCUGCCCAACGUGGAGUGGCAGCCUUCCGACGUGGACCCCCGGGCCCUGGAGAGUAUUUCAGCGUUUAUCAGAACAUUCCACCUCUCAAAUGUCAAACCGCCCAUCUACCUGGAUUCAUCCCAGGGCUGGGAGACCUGGGGUGGUUUGCACCCAGACUCUUUGGAUCUCAUCGUCAACAUCAACAUGAUUCAUAUCUCAGAAAUGAAGUGCACCGAGGGCUUGUUCCGGGGAGCUGGGAAACUACUCAAAUCCAAAGCACUCAUGAUCACCUAUGGGCCCUACGCGGUGAACGGUUGCAUCACUCCACAGAGCAACGUUGAUUUUGAUCACAGUUUGAGGCGGAGAAAUCCAGCUUGGGGGCUCCGGGACACUGCUGUCUUGCAACAGCUGGCCGAGGCCAACGGGAUGCAGUUGGAAAAAAUGACUGAACAUCCCAAGGUCCUUCAGCCGGUCUUCACCUGGCAGUUCCCGUGUCCCUGAUCCUCUUUGUCACCAUCCUCUGAACUUAUUCUAACCUGCCAAGAUCCUUCUGAAAAUGUGAC